AUAAUUGCUUGAUUUCACUUUCAGCUAGUACCUGCAGUAAUUUUAAAUGUAUCGUGAAAGCAAGCUGACGUUAAUGUCAACAUGCCACGACCAAUGCAUAAGGCUAGUUUUCUGUGUAAAUAGUUUUCUGUUUCCGAUUGCAUGACAUGAGUUUGCCCGGUCACCUCUGAAAUAUGCGCUGGGUAAAAACAAUAUUGUCACUUGCGAGAAAUACCGAAAUGGCAUUUGCGAGGCUAUAUCAUCCCACGUGUUAACUGUGGCGCGGUUAGUAAUCUGACAUGGAGAAAGAUGGAGGUGAUGGGGCUCUGCUGGAGUGUCCCUGGCUUCCAGUGUGCAUCAGUGGGUCUCAGCUCCUGGCCAAGACCUGGUUUCGGGACACAACGUACCGCAUCCUCCUCACUGACCUGCACUCUGUGUGGGAGGAGGAGAUGGACACCGAGGCCAUUCAGGACCGAGCACAGCAGCUGAACAGGCGAUUGCGUGCUCCCGUCCACGCUUUUUUCUCCCGCCUGUGCGAGGCAGCUCUCCCUAUCCUCUCCGGACAGGGUUGUGGAGGGUCAGAAGCUGGCGCGGUGGCGCCGGCCCACUUCUCCCUCACACGGCCAGGCGGCGAGGUCCACCUGAAGCUGAAGAGUGAGCUGGCUGGGGUACCCUUCUACUGGGAGUUCCGCUGCAGCCCAGCUCCUGUGGCAUUGGUGUGCAGUCAGCUUGUGCGCCCCCUGCUGUUGAUGAGCAGGUUACUGCAGAAGCAGAUGGGCCAAAUGGGAGCUCUCCUGACCAGGAAAGACGUGGAGAUCCAAGACUACAGAGACAACGGGGCAGUGCUGAGCAGAGAGCGAUUGCAGACAGAGUUGUUUGAGAAGCAGAUCUACGAGGAGACUUUCUUGGCACAAGCUAUACCACAGGUAUGUGCGGGACAGGACUGUCUUGGGUUCAACUCCGAGAUGCAGGAGCUCUACUCGGCCGUGACCCGCUACAGCAACACAAACGCUCGCGAGCGCAAGAUCUCCGAGAGACACGCCCCCAAAGAGGACGAGUCAACCAAACAGGACCAAGAGCUUAGCCACGCCCCCAGCAAAUCCCAGUCCACAGGGGACAGUGUAAAUCAUGGGCCGGGUCAACUGGGCCGGAUUAGACCUGGUGACCAAGAUGGAUUGACAGACACUGAGAGGUCCAGUGAAGAACAGACGAAACGUCCAAUUCCUGCUUCUGCUUCCGAUCGGCACACAGCACGACCCAAGAAGAAAAAAGCUAAGGGAAUCUUUGGAUGACUCUAAAACCAGGACAAUACAGACACUGUCUGAAUUUUGGUACUAGUACGCUCUGGUCAAAAGCAGUCUAGAAGGAGGGGUUAUUUUGGGAAGAAACAUAUGAACACUCCCCACUACAUAUGACCUAUUUUAAGCAGUCAUCUACCUGGAUGUCUUUAAAAAAAAGACAAUUUUUUUUUGAGGUAUGCAAUUGUUAAUAGUGUAUUUAAUGGAUAUGCGUUUUAUUUUUUUAUUAAUAAAUGAAUCAGUGUGUGAAUGAA